UUUGCUAUUUCAAAAAAUGCCACUAUGAAUAUUUUGGCAUGUAUUACACCUUUGUUUCUUGUUGUUGUUUUUUUACACCCUUGGGGGUGUGACCAGUAGGGGGUUUCUAGGUCAAAGCGUAUAUAACCAUUGUUCUUCUGUAAUUCUGAGUUGAUAUCUACAGUGGUUGGAGUAAUUCACAAUUCCACCAAGGUGUGUUUAUGAGUGUGCCUGUCUUACUGCAGUCUCUCGAACAUUGAUUAUUUAGGUCUUUUGGAAUCUUUUCAGUUCGCUAGGUACAAGGUGAACCUUCAGAGUUGUUUCAUUUUCAUUUCUCUUGUUCUCUUAUCCCCUUGCUCCAAAUCAUCUCAGCAGCAUCCUCCACUCACUCCUCCUUUGCUCUAGUCUUGAGGAAGAUGCAAUCUCUGCUAUCUGCUGAUUCCUUCCUCAUUGCUUACAAACAUUUCCAGAUCUCUCCCUAUCUUAAAAACUGUCACUUGGCCUCCCAUCCCCUUAAGCUGUCAUCCUUUUCAGAUUCCUAGAAAAAGCCGUUUGCACUCAUUGCCUCCGCUCUCUUACUGCCAUCUCAUCUCCUUGCCACCUGGCUUCCAAUCUCAUUGGUCAGCUGAAACUUCUCUCCAAGGUUACCAUGCUCUGUUAAUUGCCAAAGCUAAUUGCUUUUUCUCCUCUUUGACCUCCCUGCAGCAUUUGACAUUAUCGGGCCAUGCUGUCCUCCUACACAUACUUUCUUCCCUCGGUUUUCAUGACGCUGCUUUCUCCUGGCUCUUCUCCUGGCCAUUCCUUCUCAGUUUCCUUUGUUUUGAGCCAUGUCCUUGUCUCACCCCUUAUGUGGGUGGUCUCCUGGGCCGCCUUCUCUCUGUACAGUAUGCUCUCUCUAACUCUGUCAGCUCCUGACAUUAGUUGGAGUGUUCCAGUUGACAUCUGGGAAGUGCUUUGAGAACCUUAAAUGCUAGCUAUUAUUGUUAGUCCACACCCAUAGUCCCCCUCACCUCUCUGCAAAGAAGAAAGAGAAAGAGAGAGAGGGAGAUGUGUUUUCUCAUAUCUCUUUGGGGCCAAGCUUGGACAUUUCAGUUUUAUAGCAUUAUUUCACAAAUUGAGAUUCCUAAAGCACAUUGUUGUGCUUCAAGAAAUUUUAGUGGCUCCCUCUUGCUUCUAGGAUAAAGUACAAAGCUGGCUUUUGAAACCCUUCACAGCCUGCCUCCAAACUACCCUUCCAAGCUUAUUUAACUUUCUUUUCCUUCACAUGCUUUGCAUCCCAAAUCGACUGGCCUUGCUAUUCCCCAGGCGCCUAGAAUGUGCGCCCUUCCCACCUCUACCAUACAGAAUCCAUAGCUGCCUUCAGAACUCAAUUAGAAUCACUCACUGCAGUCAUUUGAAAAAACGGCAGCCUUUCGUGAGUUGAAGAAAUUUUAAAAUGAGGGGGCUUAAUCAGUUUCUCCCAUUCAUUUCAGGUUCUACGUGGGCCUCAAAGGCUCAUUCCAAAUGAAUGGUUUUGUGACGACUCAACAUCCAAACUAGGGAAAGGAAAGGAGAAACCCCACAUACUAGACUUAGAUGUCCGACUUCUAUUUUUUAGAGAUUGGGGUGGGGUGUUAUCCAUCAAAUCUUCAUCCAGUUUGGGAGGGUAGGAAGGCAACUCCCAUGAUGGCUUUCUAUUUUUCCUUUUUUUGUAUAGGAAAAGAUUUCUCUUUGGACAUAUGUAUUAGAGCUGCUUCCCCCUUUUGGGGGGUUCUAGGAUGGUGAUUGGCAGGGAGUGAGGUGUUAUCUGCUAUCUCCAUUUCCAGAUCUGUGGUUUGGGAUCUUUGUUUGAUAAGGUGACAAUGUAGGGUCCAAAUGUUCCCUCGUUUACUUGAGUUCAGCUAAUAAGAGAUGUGGAGAAUCUUAUCUGUGAUCCUAAGUACUGUGGGUCUCUGUGGGCCCAGGUGAUAUUUACCUCUGAAGCCAUAAGGGAAGACUGGGAGAUUUUCUCUUCUGGUUUUGGUGGUGAAAGAAGAGAGAUCAGAAAGCAACUAAAGCUACAUUGGGACUCUGGAAAAUAGCCAAUUGAUUUGGAUGUGAGUGUUUCACAGGAGUUCUGGCCAUUGCCAGGAGGAUGGCCUUGGAUCUUUCCCUCAAGUGAGAGCCAAAGACCUCUGCUGGGGAUGCUCGUCAUUUUCUCCUUUGGGAUUCUGCAGAUGCUUGUGAGUACUGUGGAUGGUGAUCUUUGUCCACCUCUGGAAGAACCAGUUGCCACUAAUGACCCAAAAGUAAAUAAGAAAAAAGAUAAGGACAGAGAGAAGAAAUUCAUCUGGAACCAUGGCAUCACUCUGCCACUGAAGAAUGUCAGAAAGAGAAGGUUCCGGAAAACAGCCAAGAAGAUGGCCCAGUACAUCGAAUCUCCAGAUGUGGAAAAGGAGGUCAAGAGACUGCUGAGUACAGAUGCUGAAGCUGUCAGUACCCGAUGGGAGGUCAUUGCUGAAGAUGAAACAAAGGACACAGAUAACCAUGGUUCCCUGAACAGCCUGGACAUCUCUCCAGGAACGAGUAGCAGUAAGCAGGGCUAUAGCUCAUCAGAACACGAGCUCCGAGAGAUAUUUAAUGACAUUAGUAGCAGCAGUGAUGAUGACGAUGAUCAGGAUCACCAUGACGAUGAAGAUAUAAACAUCCUUGACACCGAGGAAGACCUGGAGAAGCCACCACAGAGCACCCACGAUGAAUCUGAUCAACGGCGCCAAGAAGAUAAGAAAGCAAAUCUCCUGGUUGUAGGACUCCAGAAGCAGAUUGAUGUGAUGAAGGGAAAGCAUCAAGAGACUAGGGAGAGAGCAAAACGCCAGGAGGACCUCAUCUUCAAAGUGGAAAAUCUGGCCCUCAAGAACCGUCUUCAGGCUGUGCUGGAUGAGCUCAAACAGCAGGAAGAACAAGAAAAGCAGCAGGAAGCCCGUGGCAGUAAAAUGCCUUUGAAGAAGAGCCAAGGCCAUCCAAAAUUCCAAGGCUCAGGAGGCAAGAUGCAACAGAGGCAACUCUACUCUUUUUGAAAUCCUGAGCAGUUUCACCAGCAGCUGUCCUGAGCUUCAAAGGUGAAGAAAACCUGCAUUUUUUUCAGUCCGUCGUCUUCACAAAAUUUUUCAUUAAACCAAGUUUAUAAUGUGCAGCGGUGGUAAGAAAACUUUUCUUCUUCAAAUUGUUGGCUUGCCAUAUGAUUUUUUCCUUGAAAUUCUUUCCUUUGAGGCCAGUGUUUAAUGUUUUCCUUUGACUGUUCUUUCCUGUUUACAGAUAAAGCAGUUGUAGUUGUUGUAACCAAGUUGCAAUCCCAGUAAAAGAGCAAUUUCUUUGAGAUUCCCAUGUAUUUGCCAAGGACGUUUUUCAUACCGAAUGUGGUUCGAGAAGUUUUUGUGUUUCAAAUACAUUCUGUUCCCUGUUA